UGGGGCAUGCUGCACCGUAAACGCGAUUGCUUUUCUUCGAUUGUGCGUAGUUCGUCGUACACGGAAGCGCAACGAUGCCUGGCUGUUGUUGCGCACCAAACUGCAAGUCCAAUUAUGACGGAGGACAAAGUGUCCGAGUGCACAAGUUCCCAUCUGACCGAGCCACUCGGGAAGCAUGGACGAGAGCAGUUCCUCGGAAGGACUUCUCGCCAACGAAGUACACAGUGCUCUGUGAAAAGCAUUUUUUGCCAUCGGAUUACUUGAAGACGACAUCUUACACGGACGUCCAGACAGGAAAAGUGGUCGAAGUUGCCAUGAAAAACAUCCGUCUGAAGAAAAUUGCAGUUCCGAGCUUGUUUCCCAAUUGCCCUGCCUAUUUAUCGCGUCCGCAAGUGUGCGUUCGAGAAGCGCCGGCUGCCAAAAGAGCGCGCUUGGAAGCCACAUAUUUGCAAAAAGCAAUAAUGCUUUCUCAGCAAACCCAAGCAGAAGAGGACGCCAAAAAUCUGGUUGGUAGCUUUGCGGACUUGCUCAAGGCCUUGCCAAGCUUUCAGUGUUCGGACUUCUGGACAGUUUUGAACAAGGGCUCCAAGGUUUUCUUUUUGGACUUGUCACUUCAAUCUGCUCCUGCAGUCCGCACUUCGGUGAUCGUGUCCACAGACCUGCGCGUCGAAGUAUUUUUUGGUGAAAUGGGUGUGAGGAAGUGUGGUGAUGUUUUAGUUCCUGAAAAGCUGUGGGACUUGAGAGAUUUGAAAAGUGUGUUACACAUGAUCGAACUGACACGUAAGGAUAUCAGCACUGAGCGUUCUGAAAAGUCCCGUCAUCUACUGACAUUGGUUUCGACAUUGCUAGAGGAAGUAAGUGGAAAACAUUUCGCAUGCGAGUUGCAAGAAUGGCAUUUGGAAGUGCUUAAAUUCUUGAAGAGUCAAGUUGAUCUUGUUUUGAAUGAUGCUGGCCGAUAUCCGCCCGAUUUAUUGGUUUUUGCUAGCAUGCAUGAGGUUCACAAUUUCACCUCAUGCAUAUAGAUUCCUGAGAAGUUCGAUGAAGCUUAAGAUGCCGCAUCCUGAUACGAUCAGAAGACUGUGUUCAUCGUACGAUGUACGCCCUGAAACGGAGCAGCAAGAAUGUAGCUUUCUUUCCUAUGCAAAGCGUAUUGUAAGCACAUAUAAAGAGCAUGAAAAGACUGUAACGUUAAUGAUUGAUGAGAUUCACCUUCAAUCAUUUUUUGAUUACAAGGCUGGGUUGGUUACUGGUGCUGUGGUAAAUUCAUCGACUGCAGCAAAAACUGCCCACGUAUUUAUGAUACAGAGCCUGCUUUCUUCAAACAAGGAUGUUGUACACAUCCUUCCUUUGGCACAAAUCGAUGCUAAGGCGCUGCACGACUUCCUUCGGAAGAUUGUUUUUGAUCUAGAGGCAUCUGGUUUUAGAAUAAUCGCAGUGAUCUCGAACGAUAACUCCAUAAACAGAAAAGCCAUGUCCUACUUCGCUAAGCCGGCAAGUGUCAGCAUUAUUUACCAGCAUCCUGCUGACCCAUCACGACCUCUGUUUUUUGUGGUGAACCCAGUUCACAUACUAAAGUGUAUAAGAAAUAACUGGCUGAAUCAAAGAAACAUUGGCAAAUGCAUGUACUUUCCUGAACUGAAGAGUGAUGAGGCUGAACCAAAGAUACUUACAGCAUCUUUCAAGGUGUUAUGCCAGCUGCAGGAAGCUGAAAAGCAUGAGCUCUUGAAGCUAGCACCAACGCUCACUUUGAAGGCACUGAACCCCUCAAACAUGGAACGGCAGAACGUUAAACUGGCCUUAAAGAUUUUUAACUCAUCUACUGUUGCUGCUCUCAGUGUUGCAACGUUCCAGCAUGCAAAGGAAACCUCUCAAUAUGUCGACACCAUUUUGACUUGGUGGAACAUUGUUAACGUCAAGACGCCAAGAAAAGGACAGCGGUUGCGAGAUCAAAUGCAAGGUCCAAUAGUUUCAUCGUCAUGUCCUCAACUAGAAUUCUUAGAGAGAAUAGUUCAAUGGCUUGAUCACUGGAGAAGCCUCGAACAUGACAAUGGCCGCUUGACACGUGAAACGCACAUAGCUUUCAGCCACACUACCCAUGCCUUGCACGAACUUGCCAUAUACUGUCUCAAAGAACUUCAUUUCGAGUAUGUUCUUUUGGGCAAAUUUCAAACUGAUAGCUUAGAAGAUCGCUUUGGAAAGUACCGGCAAUUGUCUGGUGCCAAUUACCACGUGUCUAUAAGGCAGAUAUAUGAAUCCGAAAACAAAUUGCGUUUGCAGAAGGUUCUGGACCUGCCAGAUUUGGACAUUCUACUACUACCGAGCGCGAACACGUUGGAGACAAGUGUACAUUCAGGAAACGGCCAGUUUCAAGUCACUGUGACCGACUCCGAUAUUCAGAAAAAAACGUCAAGGCUACCGGUACUAACCUAUGUUGCCGGCUAUUGUGCCCAUGCAGCUCUAGCUGACAUGCGCAUCUUGCAGUGAAAGCCUUGUGAUGCAAGACGUCGAUCUAGAUGACCCUGAGAAUGCAUUAAUCACGAAGAUGACAAGGGGUGGCCUGAAGUUUCCACGAGCAAUUGUAGUUAAUGCUGUACACUUUACUGAAAUUAUAUUGGACAAGCUCUGGACACCAGAAUAUGCCGUACGAUUUUUCAGCCUUCCUAGGCAGAAAGAUACUCUUGUCGGCCUUGUGUUCGCUACCCUUCAUGACUUUGAUUGAUGUGUGAUUG